GUUACCUACUACCUUAGGAAAAGAAGGCCGUAAAAGGAGAUGCGAUUAUAAAUCUCUGGAUAGGUAGGUACCUUGGAAGAACACCUUGAUACAUUAGUAGGUACCUAUCUCAGAAUGCCAGGGCCAACUUACCGAAGUAGGUACUAAGGCACCCGGGACGUAAGGGAAGGUACGUACGGAGUGGUGCCUCCAGUGAGGUGAUUGGAAGUCGAUGCUUCCUCUUUUACACUACUACUACCACUACCACAACUUCUCGAACUUUUGUAACCCAGGGCACUUUGAGGCUCCACAGACUUUCACUUCGUAAGAACCGAAUCGGAAGUGUUCUUCUCGGCGAAAAGGGCGAACAAUAGAAUACGACCGAUACCUACUCAGGUACCGAUAUCACAAUGCCCAACGAAAGGCGCGAUUCUACUGCCCGUGCUCCAACUGGCAAUGCUCAGCAAGCUGUCACUAGACGGCGGACCAAUGGAAGAGCUUGCAUAGCUUGCCACCAACGCAAAGUCCGUUGUGAUAUCAUAGAAAAAGGCACACCCUGUUCUCACUGCCGGAUCCAAAACAAGCCCAACUGCACAAUAUACGAGAAGAAAAAGACAAGAUCAUCUCGUGCACCUAAUUCUCGUCCCAGCCCUGCCCCCCUCCAGCCUCGUUAUUCUUCUCAACAGCCUCAGCCAAAUAUUCAUUACCAGCAGCAUCAGCGACAGCAACCGCAAUGCCUCACAGCUCCUGCGACACCCAGAGCAUCGGCAGCCCUCUGGUCGGAAUUUACCAUGGAUCGGAUUGCGCGGCCAAGCUCAAGCACUGGCCAUUAUCAGCACGACUCUCCCUCAACGAUGCAAGACUCUGGCGAGAGCGAGGAAACUUACGAGACUCGCAAUCUAGCUGACUUUAUCGGCCAAGACUUACCAAAAGUCGGCGAGAUCUCACGUUCUGAACGCCUCUACUUUAUCGGCACCGAGUUCUCGAACCUCAAUCAUCUCGUGCGUCACAGAGCUCUACGAAGGGAUCAAAAGGACGUGUUGCACUUUGGGACGCGUAGACUUGCGAGAAAGGUUCCUUCAGUUCCCGAAGAAGCUCUAAAGUUGCCCCCUAAAGCCUUGGCUGAUGAGCUUGUCACAGCGUAUUUCAUCCACGUCAAUCCAGGGUUUCCAAUUGUCGAUGAGGAUGAAUUCAUGACAAGCUAUAAGGGCUCUGAUGUUCCGAAAUUAGUCUCCUUGCCAUUGCUGAACGCCAUAUUUCUCGUUGGCGCCCACGUACUCUCCUCGACCCGGGACGACUGUAGGGCCAGCACUUAUACCUUCUUCCGUAGAGCCAAAACGCUCUUCGACUACCGCUUCGAGCAGCACCGUGAGACGUACCUCCAAGUUGCUCUCCUGUUGACAUGGCAGUGCGACAACCUCGAAGACAUCGUUGAUAACUCAUGGCACUGGAUCGGAAUCGGGGCCCGCACUGCCUUUGGAAUGGGCAUGCAUCGGGACGCCCGUGCCAGUACCCUGAACGCCAUAGACAAACGUCAAUGGGUCCGGCUCUGGUGGUGCCUAUUUCAAUUUGACGUCAUGGUUUCGGCUUCGUUUGGUCGACCGCAAGCAAUAAACCUAGAAGAGUCGGACACCCCAAUACUCGACGAAAGUCAUUUUCAAGGCAUUCCUCAUGGCAACCCAACUUUCGCCAUCGAGCAUACAAAGCUGUGCAUCAUCUUCUCCAAGGCCAUGAGACGGCGUGUAGCCUUACGAGCCACAGAAGCCGACAGAGUAGUGGCAACCAAGGAAGCUGAUGAAGAACUUGCUGAGUUCAUAACCCAACUGCCACAAAGCCUCCAAAUCCCGCACUCCCACCCGGACACUUGGCAAGCAACUCUUCACCUAUCGUAUCACAACUUUCUUAUCCUUCUCCACCGACCACCGCCUCAUCAAGAUCCGAACCGGGUUUCACCUCACUCCGCCACGGAUCACAGCAUCUGUAGCGAUGCCGUUGUAGCGAUAGACUCUAUCUUUGCAUCUCUCCGCUCAAGGAAAUCGUUAUGCAAUCUAUGGUUGCCUUCCGUCCAUGUUCUUUUCACUAGCCUGCUGCAUGUUGCCAGUGAGCUCAACUCUCCCAAUCCUCUCAUUGCUGCAAAGUCAUCCCGCAUGUUUGACUCUCUUAUCCACACACUCCAAGAUAUAUCCCAGUAUUGGAUAUAUGCCAAGAGUCUACUUCGGCUGUUUGAGGAACGGGCUAUGUGGAAAAAGAGACCGACAGAAUCAUCUGAAGAUCGUUCCACUCAACAAAGUCAAGAGUCUCCGAUUACUCGUACGGGCGUUUCUGAUUCGCUGCGCCCUGAUCCUCUAGGUGUCUCCAGUAUCAUGGGCGAUGCUCCAUCAACUCUUCAGACAACUUCUGCCCCACUACCUGGACCAGCAUAUGGCUUUAAUUUCGACUUCGGUGUGAACCAGGGUCUUUCAUACGGCGAGGGCUUCUCAAACGGCCUUGACAUAGCCGGGAAUGGGAGCGAGGCCAUAGAUCUCCUUCCUGUGCCUUCGGUAUUGGAGUUUCUACUGGCUGGUGUUGAUAAUCAGUAUGAAUUCUGAUCGGACGGCUACAAACCAAAUAAUUGUGCCCUUUCGCUGCUGUACUGUGUAUGUAAGUCUUCAACGCAGCAGGCAGGGGCUGGAAACCGAGAUAUGGCCUGCCAUCCAUGACUUCGAGUGUGCCAACUACCACAACCCAUAUAAGACGUUUUAUAAAGUUAUUUGAAAUCAAGGUUUUUGUCAUGAAAUCAAAUCAUUUAUUAACGACACUAACAGCCCGCACAUGCUGCCUACCUGUUCACCCUGAACGUUGCAUCCGGCUAGGGGAGGCAAGAAAACUUAGGAUCUUCAUCCCAAGUAAGGAAAAGAACUAGGUAAGUUUAGUAUAUUUUAACUAGCAGGCCUUUAGGCGAGGUCAUUUUGGUUUCUUGUUUUCAUGUCAGAAGAUUUCUUGCUCCCUAGGGUUCGACUAGUUGAGAUUCCCAUAUACCAUCUCAACUGCACACUUGAUCUUGGUCCUCCAGUCUGUCACUACGAACACCGGCUCAUACCCGCAGACUAAGGCCACUCAGGCUCCAAUGAAGCUCUUCCAGAGGAUCCGUAACGGUUCUAGAAUACAGAUUCGGUGGACCAACGGAUCCCAUGUGCGCCCUAAGGGCCAAGCAAACAAGGGUAGUCAGGGAGACUCGGGAAUUCUGAGCAAUCAUCUUUCACCAUUCUGACUUCGGGAUUUAGUCGUAUGAUGCCUCGCUGCAACUCUUCUCUCAAGUCAAUCACCACAUGGAAAGGGAUUUUUGAGUAUUUAUGAAGUGAGGUUUGUCACCUCCAUCAGCAAGCAUAAAGAGUCGGUAUUUGUUUGGGCUUCGAAGUAGUUCAUCAUUGAAUAAUAUUUCUUAUCUCAUGU